CUGCCCUCUGAUGGGAACACACCAUCCGAACCAGGAAAGCCGGCGGCAGGUGAACUUACUUGGAAGGGAAAAGCAGCUCUUACGCAGGUUCGCGGGUUAUGGAGGAGGACUGUAUCGUACCAGAAUCUGGUUCGACUGCAGGACUGAGACGGGGAUAAUUGUAUUGGUUAACUAUAACCGAAGAGCGGAAGUUGUUUGACCAAAACAACCGGAGCGGAUCGGAGAGCGUUCAUUUGUGUGGCAACGUGGAGAGAGAGCUGUUGCGGAGUUUGCAUCCAUAAUUGAGAGGCACUUUGGUGGACAGGUGCCAUGAGCAGUGAGCUGAAUGUGCCUAUGGGUUCUCCAGCCCCGGGGGUUGCAGAGCCCGCCCCAGACAGCAGCGGGAUGGACUACAGGGACUGGGUGCGACGUAGUUACCUGGAGUUGGUCAGCUCCAACCACCACUCAGUGCAAGCACUGUCCUGGCGGAAACUCUACCUGAGUCGUGCUAAGCUGAAGGCCUCCAGCAGGACCUCUGCCCUGCUGUCUGGCUUUGCAAUGGUGGCCAUGGUGGAGGUGCAGCUGGAGGUUCAUUUCAGUUACCCUCGUGAGCUCCUCAUCGCCUUCAGCGUGUGCACCACCGUUCUGGUGGCAGUGCAUCUCUUCGCUCUGCUGAUCAGCACCUGCAUUCUUCCCAAUGUGGAAGCUGUCAGCAACAUCCACAACCUCAACUCUGUCAGCGAGUCGCCUCACGAACGCAUGCACUACUACAUCGAGCUGGCCUGGGGUUUCUCCACAGCGCUGGGGAUCCUGUUGUUUUUAGCAGAAGUGGUGCUCCUCUGCUGGAUCAAGUUCCUGCCUGUAGAAUCUGUCAAGAUUAAAAAGGUAAGCCCUACAACUGCCAGCCCUCUGGAAACUACCACCCCCACACAGCUUAACCCCGGCUGGCAGGCUGCACUGGCCUCCACUAUCAUCAUGGUCCCAGUGGCGGUGAUUUUUGUGGUGUUCACCAUUCACUUCUAUCGCUCUCUGGUUCGCCACAAGACAGAGCGUCACCACCAGGAGAUCGAAGAACUGCAUAAGAUUAAGGUGCAGCUGGACGGCCAUGAGAGAGGACUCCAGAAUGUCUGAAAACACGACGGCAGCUUUAAUGACUUCACUUCAUGUCAUAUAUUUAUCAUGCCCCCCCCUCCCUUUUCUAAAAUUUAUUCUGGUCACUUUUAAUACCUUGGACAUGUCAGCAGUGAGCUUUACAGUACAGACAACCAAUGUGUCUCAGACUGCUUAUUUAUUCUUAUGGUGAAGUUGCAUUGUAGGAUUUGUGCAGUGACUCUGUGCUUUGGAUGUGUAAUUUGUGCUGAUGAAAGGUCAUGUAAAAAGGUUUACAGAAAAAGGGCUAUUAAGUUCUGUGUGCCAUUCUUGUCAUAUCUGUGUUUUCAUGCUAGGGUCGGGUGAUGGUGAUGAAGUUUUUUUUUUUUGUUUUUUUCUCCUUUUUGAAUCUCUUGUAGCUCCUCCCUUAUUGUCAUAAAAUUGAUUGAAAUGAUUUGGGUUGUAAUUUUAACUUUUGCUGCCUGUGCUUAAAGAAAUGGCUUUUGAUUAAGCUUUUUAUCUUGCCUUAAGUAAUUUGGCUUGUUUUUUGAUUAUUGUGCUUUAUUGGUGUCUAUGCACAUCUUCAUUUAGGCGUAACAGUGACAGGGAGAGCCAUAGUAUUAGUCUUACAAAGUGUUACUGCAAUUUUAAUCAUUCAGCUUUUCCUGCUGUUAUGAAGGUAAGAUUUCUUUGUGAAUGGUAAAUGGACUAGUUCUUAUAUAGCGCUUUUCUACUCAGUCUGAGCACUCAAAGCGCUUACACAACACAUUUUUACAUUUACCCAUGCACACAAGCACAUGAUUAAUUAAGCU